GAAUACCUACAGCUAUGAUAGACAUACAUAAUAAUGUUCUCGUAAGAUACAUACUACGUUAGAAUAUUGCUUAAUUUGCACCGGCUGAUAGAUAUAAUGGAUGAAAAUCGUGCAUGCAGGUAUGGGGAGUAAUGCGGAAUCCAAGUCCUCGCAGUAUCGAUUAAACAAACGACCUGGAAACGAAGAACGCAAGAUAAAAGUGAUGGACGCGUGUUUUACUGCUUUUGACAAAGAUGAGGACGGAUUUCUAUCCCUUUCUGAAUUCGAGCUUAUUUGCCGUGCGCUCUUUCGUAACGAUCGAGGGAAGAUCUACGGUCUGGAGGAAAAUCAAUUGAAUGAGAUCUACGCUGUGUUCGACACGAAUGGGGACGGGCUCAUCGACAGAGGGGAGUUCGAGGUUUGUUGGAAUCGCUGGAUCAAAGUGUGUACAAGACCUCGAAGCGCAUUUCUAAUUGUUGAUGUUCAGAAUGAUUUCAUAUCUGGGUCCCUCAACAUUACGAAAUGUGCGGCUCAGCAGGACGGUUCCGAAGUGAUUGAACCGAUCAAUCAACUUUUGAAAACAGUACCUUUCGAUGCGGUAUUUUAUUCCCUUGAUUGGCAUCCCGUGGAUCACGUAUCUUUCGUCGAUAAUCUUCAUCUACGGGAUGUAGACGCAUCCAGCAGCGUGUCAAAGGAGGAUGCGAAGGUUUAUGACACGGUUACGCUAACUGGUCCACCUCCCCAGAAGCAAAGACUGUGGCCCCGGCAUUGCGUCCAAGAUUCUUGGGGUGCGGAGCUCCACAAGGAUCUGGUGGUCGUGAGUAAUGCCGUUAAAAUAUACAAGGGUACAAAUCCUGACGUGGACUCGUACUCCGUAUUUUGGGACAACAGAAAGCUGACGGAGACGACACUCUUUUCCCAACUGCAGAACAAAGGCGCUACCGACAUUUACAUAUGCGGAUUAGCGUACGAUGUGUGCGUUGGAGCAACCGCCGUUGAUGCUCUAGCAAGCGGUUUCCGUACUAUUUUGAUUGACGAUUGUAGCCGUGGUGUGGAUCUAGUUGAUAUUGAAAAAACAAAAUCAACGGUGAUCGGUAACAAUGGCGUGAUUGUCAAUUCAAGUCAAGUCAGAGCUAUGGUCGAGGGAAGAGACCGCAGACCUGAGCUAGGGUACAAACUGGCUCUUGAAAUUAAGCACAGUAUACGCUCAGUCAGAAAGAGUAGUCAAUGAUGCAAUGAGUAGUUGUUAUAAGAUGAUUGAGUAGUUAUAUUAAUUAUUAUGUGCAGUAUACAAUUUAGCAUAUGUGUAUAAUAAUCUAAAUAAAAACAGUAUUUAAUCUAA